AUGAAUGUUACUCAAUUAGCACGAGGACCAGAUGGACGACCUCAUGUUAUACAAGCACAUGAUGAAAAACGUAAGUAAUCAUUUAGAAAACAUAUCUCUAUGAAAAGAUAUUAAUAGUAAUAUACUAUUAGAAAAAGCGUCAUAUUUGAAUGAAUUUAAUGGGUCCUAAUGGAAUAUGGCAAACAAAAAAAGCUUUAAAAGAUAGUGAUCGUGGAAUAGACAAAAUGCAAGUUGGCUAUUUUGUUGGUGAUCAAGGAGAAAUUGUGGAAAGACAUUAUGAUCCAG